AUGGAGCGCUGGAUGGACGGCGAAGAGGCAGCUGAAGAAGAGCUGCGACUGCUGGAGGCUAUGAAUACAGUGUCUACCGCUGUACAGAAGCUGAAUCAAGUGCUGGCCACGCUCAACCGACAGACGGUCGAGCUGUCCAAGGAGCUAGGAACAGCAGAGCGGCAGCUGAACGCCUUGUACUUGCCGUUUCAAGCUGCUAUUUAUGAGAUGCAGAAGGCAGGCAACGACGGGAGAAGCGCGGCAACGUCAGUACCAGCGAUCACGCCGGUGGCCACACCGGAGGCUCAACGGACCGAGCUAUAA